UCGGCGAGAGCGCACACAUUCCUAUUGUCCAAGAUGGCGGCGUAGGCGCAGACGCUACGAGGCGGACAUGUUUCUGAACCGAGUUUUCGCUCUUAUUCCGACGUGUACGCGGUGGUUCAACGUGCGGCCCGGCAGCGCUUCUUCUCCCAGGCCGGAUUCCCGUCGCAGGCGCAGAAAAGUUUGAUCCCCGUCGCCCUCCGUUCGUGAAGAUGAAGCGGCAGGCCGGGAGGGAGGCGAGUCCGUCCAGGGCCGCCGGGAAGCGGGUCCGGGAGCGUGAGCGGGAGAGCGCGCGGAGAGAGGAGCCGCAUCCCCCGGCCGCUCCCCCUCCUCCGCUGGCUCUGCUGCUGGCGGAGAGCCGGGGCUACCACCACCACCGCCGGAGGAGCCGCAGCAGGGAGCGCGAGAAGCCGCGGCUCCGGGAGGAGCGGGCGGCCGCGCUGGAGCUCCACCACCGACACGAGCUCAGCCUCCUCGGCCGCGCGCCGCCGCAGCCGCCGCCGCUGCGCGCCUCCGCCGCGGCCCAGCUGCCCGCAGCCAGACCCGGGACCCUGGAGUACAAGACGCUGCUCAUCAGCAACCUGGGCUCGCAGGUCUCGGACGAGGACGUGGAGGACGCGCUGUUCCACGAGUUCAAGAAGUUCGGGGACGUCAGCGUGAAGCUGUCGCACACGCCGGAGCUGGGCCGCAUCGCCUACGUGAACUUCCGGCACCCGGAGGACGCCAAGGAGGCCCGGCACGCCAAGUCCUCCAGGUUGGUGCUCGGGGACCGGCAGCUCAAGAUCGAGCCCAUGUACGUGAGGAGGCGGAGCGUGACGCCGCCGGACGCCGGGUACCUGGCCCUGCACGCGCCGUACCCGUACCGGCAGCGCUCCCUCUCCCCGCCGGGGCCCGGUGUGAGCAACAUCCGGGACAUCAGGGCCCGGCAUUACGCCCUGGAGACCCUGGGGCUCAGCAGGGAGAGGGAGCGGCUUUUGGAUUAUUAUGGCAUGCUGGACGAGAGGGGUCGGCCUUACGGGUUCCCCCCCAUGCCGGUGGUGGAGGACCUGAAACCCGAGGACGACCAGAGGGCCACCAGCAACCUUUUUAUCGGGAACCUGGACGGCAACGUGACGGAGGCGGAACUGAGGAGGGGCUUUGACAAGUACGGGGUCAUCGAGGACGUGGUGAUCAAACGGCCGGCCCGCGGACAGGGGGGCGCCUACGCCUUCGUGAAGUUCCAGAACCUGGACAUGGCCCACCGGGCCAAAGUGGCCAUGCAGGGCCGGCUGAUGGGGGGCAACCCAAUAAAGAUCGGCUACGGGAAGGCCAACCCCACCACGCGGCUCUGGGUCGGCGGUCUCGGGACCGGGAACUCCCUCGCCACCCUCGCCCGGGAGUUCGAUCGCUUCGGAAGCAUACGGAACAUCGACUACGUGAAGGGGGACAGCUUCGCCUACAUCCAGUACGAGAGCUUGGACGCCUCCCAAGCCGCCUGCACCCAGAUGAGGGGGUUCCCUUUGGGUCUGCCCGAGCGCCGCCUGAGGGUGGACUUUGCUAAAGUCGAGGAGAGCCCCUCGCGGCCGUUCCCCCCCGGUUACCAGCCCCCGGUGGUGGCCCCCUCCCACUAUGACCUCCCCGUGGAGGCCUUCAGCCGCCAUCGCAGCCUGGAGCGCGAGCUGAGGGGCGCCAGGGACCGCUCGACCCCGCCGCCGCCGCCCCCGCCGCCGCCCUCUCACGGCCUCCUCACCCAGAGGGAGCGGGCGCUGCUGGAGAGGGACUACCCCGCCAGCCCCACCCGCAGCCUGGAGCGGCGGCCGGGGGGGGUGGAGGCGUUCGGGCGGAGAGCGGCGAGGAGCCGCAGCCGGAGCCGGGAGCGUUGGCUGAAGGAGAGGGACGAGCGGCGGAGCAAGAGGCGGAGCCGGAGCGCGUCGACCGACCGGCCGGCGGAGGAGAGGGAGCGCGAGCGGGAGAAGGAGAGGGGGAGGUCGAGGGUUCGAGGCCAGGCGGGCGCCGUCUCCCCGGACGCGAGCCCGGACCGAGCGCGGGUUCGCGCUCCCGACUCCACCACCGAGCCCAGAGACCACACCCCCGAGAACGGAGGCGGCGGGCGACACUCUGCCGCCAACGAAGACGACGCCCCGCCCGGCCGCCACCACGGCAAAAGGUCCGCCGAGCACCUCAACAACCACCACCAUCGGAACAGCGAGGUCGUCGUCGCCGCCGCCGCCGCCGUCAACAACGCCGCCGCCGCCGCCUCCUCCCCGGCGACCGACACCUCCUCCUCUCCCGGCACGCUCUCCGAGUUCGCCCAGGCCUCGCUCGCCAAAUCGUGGCACGGCUUCUUCGCCCUCAAGAACAGCAGCUUCCCCGCCAACCUGUACAUGCUGGAGGGCGGCGCGGCGUUCUUCAGCGCCGUGAUGAAGGACACGAUGAAGCAGCAGAACCAGCCGGGCCGGCUGAAGAUCGCCCAGCGGCUCCGCAUGGACCAGACGCGGCUGGACGAGGUGUCGCGCCGCGUGAAGCUCGGGCGCCCCGACGGGUUCGCCGUCCUGCUCGCCCUGCAGGGCCCCAUCGACCGCGGGGCCGCCGCCCCCGAGCCGGGGCUGCAGGCCCGCCUGCUGCGCCACCUGGUGACCUACCUGCGCAACAAGGAGGCGGCCGGCGUCGUGAGCCUGCCGGGCGCCAAAGAAGGCGGCCCCGGCGCCAUGCUGUACGCCUUCCCCCCCGGCGUGUUCUCGCAGCAGUACCUGCAGGCGGCCAAGAGGACUGUGGGUAAUCUGGACGAGGAGCACAUGGUGGUCGUGAUCGUCAACGACACUAACUGACCCCCAGAGGUCGCCCGGACGCUUCGCACGCGGCUACGAGUACUUCCACGUUGUUGUUGUUUUCUUCUUAGGAAAUAUGCGUUUUAAGGGUUUUUAUUCCGCCUCUUUUUAAAUGAAAUGCAUCAAAGGACACUACGUCUGUUUUAAUACUUUAUAUCUCAUUUACAGGUAAUGAUUCACGUCGUUUUCCUGACACCCGCACAGCGCCGUGGCUUUUAUACAACACUAAGAACCUUUCAGCGCUCCGUUUCCUUUUCCCUGUUUUGUAUUAUUUGUCAUCAGGAGAUACCAAGUUGUGUACAUCAAUAUUUACUCUGAGGUUUUUAUACACAGUGAUUGUACUGUAAGGGGGGGGAGGGGGGGGGGGGGGGGUACAUUUUAACAUAGCUAGCUGUGUUUAUUUUACAUGUGAACCAUUCCAGUUGUUUUUGGUCUGAAAGGGGCGAGUGUGUCUCUGGUGCCACUGGUUUGGGUUUCAUAACGUCUCCUCACUUUCAUCCAUCCAGGCUCCUUUUUAAAUGUGUUAUUUUCAUCGCGUCUUUAAAGGUGUGUCUGAGUGACGGUGUAGUAAUUAGUUAAUUAGUUAAUUAAUUACUCCAGCUGACGGAGCAAAGGACGUUCACCUCUUCACUGAAGCUGCUUCCUAAAGUCUGAAGCCGCGUUCACAUAACUGGUAUUGAUUCCUUUGGGUGUAGAAUACGUCUACUGAGGUUUUAAUACACUUUAAAACAUCAAAACUCCUUUUUGAGGUUUACAAUAAAAAUGUUUUAAAGUGUAUUAAUACCUCAUCUCCACCCUUUUGGGUAUUAAGUGUAUUAAUACACUUUAAAACAUUUAAUACACUUUGAAACAAUCACCUUUUUGUUCUUUGUCAUUUCAAACCCAAAAGUGUCCAGAUGAACGUCCUCCAGCUCUUCAGCGUCAACAUGUUUGUGUCAAGACAGUAUUUUAGAGACGACAACAACAACAACAACAACUCCUCCCAGCCAGACGUGGUGACAACCGAAUGAAUGUUUGUGGUUCGUAGACGUGAAGCUUCACGUCGUCCGGGUGGUUUUUAUGAGAUGUUGUUUACUACGUUUAUUGUUUCUGUUUUGGUUCUUCUACAAAAAGCCGGGUCGGUUCUGUGGGAACUGAAAGUGAAUCAGAUUUUAAGAGUGUAGUUUGUUCUGUUCAGUGAUGGAAAGAAUAAAAGAAUCCAACUGAAGUUAAA